AUGUUUCGAGAGCGCCUUAUUGACUUCUACAGGAAGCACAAUCCUGCUUGUUUAGAUUCGAUAGAUGACAUUUUAAAAAUCUUUGAUGGGAGGGAAGAGGAGCUUUUCCGCGUGUUAGAGGAAAAGUACGCUGAUAUACAUCGUGGUUCUCAGAAAUUACUGAGCUCCAGCACGCUGACGAAUGCACUUCUUAUUGGCGACAACUCAUCCUGUGGAGGUAGUGCUCAGCAGUCACCAUAUGCCGAAAAUAGAACGUUUAACUCGAAACUGGAUUCGCAAGGUCGCCGUGAUUUUGGGGCUACAAAACUAGCUGAGCAGCAUAGCGUCUAUUGUAGCGAUGCAAACGAAUCUACAGUUUUGGGGUGUCUCAAGGAAAACGGAACCUAUCCUCGCGCGAAAGGACGUUCAAUUUUGACAGAUGAUGCGCAUAAUCUUUAUUCCCUUCGCAAGGAAUGCGAUCAACUAAAAACCAGCAAUUACGCCUUGCGUUGUGACGUUCUUGUUUUGCAAGCGGAAAAUGAAGCCUUAACUCGUCAAAGAAAAGACGAUGAAGAGACAAUGGAGAAGUUGCGUGCGCACAUAGAUUAUCACGACAAAAUAGAGCACGCGUUAGUUGGAAAAGUUGCUGCAAGUGAGUUACGUGGUAAAGCCGUUCUCAGUGAAGACGAGUUUGCCUCUAUCAUCAGCGCGAGUCAAGAUCGAUUAAGUAACUACUACGAAGAGAAGAUCUCGUUCAUGCAGAUGGAAAUCAACAUGUUCUACAAGCACGCAGCAGAGCGGGUCAAGGAAAAGGACGCCAUUAUCACCGCGCUGAAACAGCUGCUGUCACAGUGUUGA